AGCUGCUUUACCAGCAAUACACCAGCCUGAUUUGCUCAGAGGUAUCACAGCUUUGGAGAGUGCAGCACAUCUGGCUUUGGAUACCACCCUACAACCAAGUGACACAUUUUCUCGACUUCUUCAGCCUGACAUGGAUCAUCUCAACUUUAGCUUCAGUUCCACUUGUCGUCUUCAUGACACCAACAGCACUUGGGGCGCCAAACAGGUAGGCCCCUCUGUGGUCCUAGGCUUGUGCUGCUUGGUGGGUUUGCCCAGCAACAUUGCUGUGAUCGUCUCUAUCGCUCAUCAAUGGAAUGAAAAAAUAAGCUUCACAGUUAAACUAAUGCUCAAUCUGGCAGUAUCUGAUGCCUUGACCCUCGCAUUGGCUCCUUUUGCAAUGUAUGGUCUACUCUGUGGAUGGACUCUCGGCAUUUGGCCUUGUAGGAUGCUGAUGUACCUGAUCUACUGUGCUAUGUACGCCAGCGUGUUGACGAUCACUCUCAUGGCUGUGCACCACUACCAUACUGUAAAGUCAAAAACUCCUAAUCAGAAACAACUGGAAAGACUGCAGAAGGGUCGCAGGCGCUUACUGCUAAUUGGACUCUGGGGUUUGGCGAUCAUCUUUGCCUUGCCUAAUUUUUUCACUCGAGGUGUUGCAAUUAAGGGAGGAUUUUCACGGUGUCAGAAGACCAUAGACUCAGUUUCUGGAAAAGCUAUAAUUCUUCUGCUUGAGGUCAUAUUCGGAUUCAUCCUCCCUUUCUCCAUCAUACUGACAUCUUACUGCUGGAUAAACAAGACAAAGCUUCGAGGAGGUGAAAACGCUAGAAAGCGAAAGAAGAGGAUGAGAAGGCUCGUGAUCAGCAUGGUCACAGCUUUUUUUCUUUUCUGGACCCCUGUGCAUAUCAUCAAUGUGAUCGAUGUAGCUACUACCCUGACUAAAGCAUCUUUUCCAGCCGUCUAUGAGGGCCUGAAAUUUUUCCGUAGAGCAACUGGAGACUUGAGUAAGACUCUGGCGGUAAUUAACUGCUGCGUGAACCCUUUCCUGUAUGCUGUUGCAUUAGGAAUCAUCAAGAAAAAGCAUGAUAACCAAGAAAAUAAGACAGAAGUCAAGAGUUCUCUACACAGCCAAGGAGAAGGUUUAGAGUAACUUUGUGCUCUGCCAGCAUAAACACUUCAAACAAUUCAUUAUAUUUCUCACC